AAUCAGAGGAAGACGUCAAAGAACUGUCAAACUCGGUGAUUUGGUAAAUAUUCAAGUCGUCGCAUAAAUUUAUCGAAUUUUUGCAGUUUUUAAGUGAUUUUUCUUCAAAUUAACCAAUUUACGUUUGAGAAUCCACAAUGGCUCGUCGAUAUGAUUCCCGCACCACAAUCUUCUCGCCCGAAGGUCGUUUGUACCAAGUUGAGUACGCCAUGGAAGCUAUUUCACAUGCAGGUACUUGUUUGGGCAUUUUAGCGAAAGACGGGAUUCUCCUGGCUGCCGAGAAGCGCGACACAAACAAAUUGCUCGACAACGUCGUCUUUUCCGAGAAAAUUUACAAGUUAAAUGAGGAUAUGGUGUGUUCCGUUGCCGGCAUCACGUCAGAUGCGAAUGUUCUCACGAACGAACUGCGUCUCAUUGCACAACGCUACCAACUGAACUACGGCGAGCCCAUGCCCUGCGAGCAACUCGUCUCGUAUUUGUGUGAUAUCAAGCAAGCGUACACGCAAUACGGCGGCAAACGACCCUUCGGCGUCUCAAUUCUCUACAUGGGAUGGGACAAGCACUACGGAUACCAGUUGUACCAAUCGGAUCCGAGCGGAAAUUAUGGCGGAUGGAAGGCAACGUGCAUCGGACACAAUGCUCCCGCUGCCGUAUCAGCCCUGAAACAGGAACUCAACGAAAAUGAGUUGAAGACGUUGUCACAAGCGGAAGAUUUGGCCGUGAAAAUUUUGAGUAAAACGCUCGAUAUGACAAAACUUACGGCGGAAAAGGUCGAGAUGGCAACGUUGACGCGCGAAAACGACAAAACCGUCAUCAAGAUUUUGUCCAACGACGAAGUGGAGAAGUUGAUUAAGAAAUACGAGAAAAUCGAAGCUGAAUUGGAGGCUGCAAAGAAGGAAAAAUUAGGCUUGAAGUCAUAAGUUGUUACGAGUUUGCAUUCAUUUUUCGAUAUUUUUAAUAAUGUACUUUUAAUUUUCUUCGGGAAAAUAAAGAUUCUUUCCACAAAUCUC